AAAGUUCUUCAUUGUCCGCGCACGGUGUCUGUCAAAAGUCCAUUUGGCAAGAAGGAAGAAAUGACCUCGGACUCAGGAGCUGUGGCUGGACAGCAGUGUGGUCACUCAGACUUGAAUUGGGAAGUGAUUGGAUGAAAGCGGAGCCAGUCAGUGUACGGGGUUUGUGAUUGGAGGCGUAGCGUUUCUGGGGCGGGGCGGGCUGAGUCUGCGGGCCUGCAGUAUGUGUGCACUCUCCGGGGUGGGCGGAUCGUUAGCUGUGACAGCGACGCUUGGAGACUUCCUAACAAAGCUGUCAGAAAACAGACAACUAACGCUAUGGCAGAGUUAGACCUGAGUCUGAGCGACGCGCUGACCGACAGCCCCCCGCAGUCUGGCCUGGAGAGCAAGGUGGAGAGGGACUUUGUGGCCCAACUGGAGGCCGAGGCGUUCGACGACCAGGUGAAGGAGACGGUGGGGAAGACAGACUACAUCCCCCUGCUGGACAACGACGACACCCGGGCAGACGCUGGGGCUGCUUUGGAGAAUGGAGAGCAGGAGGCUCAUGGGGUGCAAAAGCCUGCCUCCAUGGCAGCUCAUUCUGAUUCCCUGGCCUCUCACUCCAGCUCUGUCCAAAUGAUGGAUUCUGGCAUGCUGGGUCCUUUCCCAGGCUUCUCUCAGCCAGGAGGGAUUGGAAUGAAUGUGGAGGUGGGAGCCGCACCUCUGCAACCACAGAAGCCCCCGAGUAUAUCAGAGUCGCAGUAUCCUACUCCCCAAGCUGGGUCAGAAGUCCCAAAAGAUCACAGCGCCAUGCUGCCAGAACCCCAGGCCUCUGGGAGCCCCUUGGAUGUUUCAGCAGGUUCCUUAGACGACUCUUGGCAAGACCAGAUUGGCUCCCCAUCAACAGAUGCACCUCUUGCUCCAAGCGUUUCUGUGAAGGUUUCCGAUCAAGCCGAUCAGCUUGCAGCCAGCCCAGAAGAUACGCCCGAAAGCUGGCCUGGCCGUGAGAGCACCGCCUACGCUGGGGGCGAUGAAAGGGACACGGACGGAUCUGACAGAAAACAGAAGAAGAAGAAGAAAAGGCGACAGAAAGACGAGGGAUCCUACGAACACGUUGAGAGUAGGGGUCAGGCGGAGACACAGGAAGCGGGAGAAAACACCCCUCCGACUGAGGAGUUUUAUCACAGGAUUGGCCCAAGAAGGGACAGAGGAGAAUGCGGCUGGGAAGAACAACUUGGGAAGAGCGGAGGCCGUGGCAAGAAGAGUAAAAACAGGAAGAAGCUUCCAGAGGAAUGGGCAGUGACAGCAGAGCCAUUUGUUCCCUCUUCAGUGACUCCCUCAGAAGUGAAAGUGGAAGCAUUGGUGGAUCUUGGGAGUUCAAUGAAUGAAACAAUGGAGAGCUCUUUUGCAGACAUGGACACUAGCCAACACACCUGGAAGAAAGAGUUUUACCCAGAGGAAGACCCUUCUCCUUUGCCUCAGGAUUUGUUCUCUCCAACGACUGCAGCCAUCAGUCCUCUAGCCCUCAACAGUGAGCUGAAUGCUACAGCAACUCCAUUCACCAUGCCGUCUUCCACCAACAAAACAAUCCCCGGCUCCUUCCCUGAGGAGGUGGAUGUCCUGAUGGACACCGAAAAUGCCGGUUUGGGUCAAAGCAAUCAAACCAUUUAUCCUCCUUUCUCUUCAGAGAACACAGCAGCUGUAGCUGACUUGGUAGACAGCGGGAUGUUUGAUAUCUCAAGUUCCUUUCAAGAGUCUUCCAUGCAAGCUGUUUCAGAUGGAGACACCUCAGCCUUCAGCUCUGCUUCACAGACAAGCCAGGCCGUUUCACCUAAAGGUGACGUGUUGGCUUCAGCCCCACCCCUAUCACCCUCUGAUGCUUCAUGGAUGCUAAACAACUCCCAACUGAGCAGCAACAGCGAUUUAUUUGUCUUCAGUGACACGAGCACCGCAGGCCAUCCUUUACCCCUGGGCCUGUCCUUCAACACACCAAGUCCAGCACCUCUCCGCUCACCCAAAACCACUGCACAAGAAUUCCAGUCCAAGCACAAAGAUGGGAAUUCUGCCCAGAAGCAAUCCAGAAAGUCACCUCCUUCCUCUUCGACCUCAUCUGUCAGGAGUCCCACCUCCCCAGAGGCAAAGCUCUCCCCACAGGCAUCCCCUGUCGCUUCACCCUCAUCUCCUCCUUCAGUGGGUCCCGCUGGAGUACCAGGAUCAGGCCUCAAUCCUGCUGCAAAGCCUUUCUUUCCCAGCUUUGCUGAUCCAGUGGAAGACACAGCUGUGGUUCCUCCAGUUGUCCCCAUCGUGGAAGUUAAAUCUGACAAGACAGAGAAGAAGGACAAACAGGAGGAUGGAGUGCAGAAGGUGGAGGCUUUUGAUGUGUUGAACAAAGCUGAGCACGGGAGCGUGAAGGUUGAAUUCACCACUAAUGAAAGUUUGGUCAAAGUGGCGAAUGAGGUAGAAAAGGGCAAGGAGAAAGCAAACGCACAGGAGGCAGAAAAGGUCAAAGAGGAAAAUCAAGCAGACAAAACAAAGGAGAUGGAGAAGCAGGCAGAAAGAGUGGAUGAUCAAAAGGAAACGGAGAAGCUAAAAGACAAGGAGAUGGAGAAAGUGGAAACCGUCCAACUGAAGGAAGAGAAGGAGGAGAAAAAGCCCAAGGUGGAAGAAUCACCUGUCAAAGUGGAAAAGAAAGAAAAGGUGGAGAUAAUCGACAAGAUUGAGAACAAGGACGAUAAUUUAGAGAAGAUCACCAACAACGAGAAACUGAAAAAGGAAGACAAAGUGGAGAACAAACACAGUGAGAAAGCUGAAAAGGUGGACGAAAACGAGAAGUCCAAAGAGGAGGAGGAGGAGAAAGUGCAAGAUGCAGAAAAGCUGGAUAAGAACCAGGAUACCAAGGUGGAAGAAAAAGCAGAAAACAAAACAAGUGAGAUUGCAGAAAAAUCAGAGAUAAAGGAUGACAAAGGCCAGCACAAAGUGGAAAUGACUUCAGAGCAGCAGCUUCACCCCACUGACGAUAAGACUGAGACGAAGGCUGAUGUGGAGCUGAAAACCGAGGCAGCAGCAGAGAAAGAAAAGGCCGACGUCGGGGAAGCCAAGACGGUGGAGAAAGGGGACAAUGCAGCCACUCCUCUGGAGAAGCCUGCUGAAAAAGAAGCACAGAAGACAGAAAAGGAGGAGAAGGCAGAUAAAAAGACAAUAGAGAAGAAAGACAGUAAGAAGGAAAGGGCUGUCAAAGCAGAUGGAGACAAGGCAAAGAAACCUGUGAAGACUGCGACCAACGGAAGCAGUGCAACAGCAAGCAAGGACCUGUCUGCUGGAGACAGGAAGACCAAGCCCGCCACAGGGGUGACCAAACCGGUCGGUGCUGCCAAAACGCGGCCAGCCACCGCUCCUGCCGGUGGCUCGGCCGCAGCCACCGGCAAACGCCCCACACCCACCUCCACCAGCACUACCACAGACAGAAAAACAACCAUACCCAAGACAGCUUCCACAGGCGCUGCUGGGCCUAAACGACCCCCUGCCAGUUCCACUAGUCGCCCAUCGUCCCAACCCUCCACAGGCACACGAGAUGUUAAACUGAAGUCCACCACAGAGAAGCGCCCCCUGGUGCCGAAGGCUGGCAGUGGCACCACGAGUCACCCUGCCUCCGGCCCUGCUACCAAAAACGGAACGGUGAGCACUGCAGCCAGCAAAACCACUUCAUCGGUGCGCACAGCCGCGUCCACUCGCACAACUACUACUACUGCAGCCAAAAAGCCUCUGGCCUCUAAAACUGAAAGCAUCAAACCAGGAGAAGAGAAGAAGUCCACCACUGUUAGGACUUCAACAGCCGACUCUACCAAGCCCAAGACCACUUCCACCACCUCAAGGAGCACGACUUCCACCACCGCUGCAUCUCGCACUCGAACAACAGCGACCAAAUCGGCUGCGCUGUCCUCCGCCACGGCCACAGCAGCAGAGAAGAAGCCCCUGGGGCCCAUGGGGCCCCGCACCCUGCGACCCACUGCAUCCACGACGACGAGCGCCACCACGAGGCCCACGGCUCGGCCCGGCACAGCGCCAGACCCUGACAUCCGUAACGUCCGCUCAAAGAUCGGCUCCACUGAUAACAUAAAGCACCAGCCUGGCGGCGGGAAGGUUCAAAUAGUCUCCAAAAAGCUGGACUUCAGCCACAUCACCUCACGCUUGGGCUCCAAGGACAAUAUGAAGCAUGUUCCUGGUGGAGGGAAUGUGCAGAUACUCAACAAGAAGGUGGACGUAAGUAAGGUGACUUCAAAAUGUGGAUCCAAGGACAACAUCAAGCAUAAGCCUGGCGGAGGCGUCAUGAAGAUUGAGUCCCACAAAGUGAACAUUAGGGAAAAGGCUCAGCACAAAGUGGGGUCAGUGGACAACGAGAGCCAUUCUCCUGGAGGAGGGAACGUCAAGGCUGAGGGACCGCAGGAAACAGAGGGAAAUGCAACUCCCAUGACUAGCAGCCUGGCUCCGGCCCCAGACCCCAAGAUGGGACCUGCAGGGACCCCUAAUGCCCAGGAGAACGGGCUGAAGGACGGGGCUCCCAGUGAUGGUGAGGGUGUCCGAGAACCCCAGGCUCUGGACUCUCUAAUGCCAGAGACAAAUUGAGUCUAUCAAGCUCAACUUCCGCGAGAAUGCUCGCUCUCGCACGGACCACAGCGCUGACAUCACCAUCUGGCCAGCCCCCCACAGGACAACGGCAACAGUUCCCGCCCACAUGGUUCCUCGUUCUCCCCGCAUGGCCAACCAAAGCCACCACCCAGAUUCUUGCAGUGUUGCCCCAUCAAAUCUCAAUUCCCCCUCUCCCCCUCCUUACUGCACCUACAGGUGGAGGUCCGGGGGGACGACAGCGGCGUUUCCGUGAAGGGAUCCCAACUUUCUUAACCCCAUUUAAUCUCACAUCAGUUAUUGGAAAAUUAGAAUCAUUGUGCAGUAGUGCUUCUUUCACAUCGUCAUGCAUCAUCGCCUUCAUCAUCACCACCACUUUCAUGUAUUUACCUGAAGUAACUUUAGACUCUGACUGGUCCUGACCGGUACUUUAUGUGAAGGAAAAUUCCAGGACGGCAAUGAUCUCUCUGAGUCCGGCAUCUUGGAAUUGCCCGCUUUCACGUGGAAACCCGGUGGUGGGACCUUCUAGAAAAACCACCAUCAUUCCCCCUGCACACCCACCAGGUGGCAGCAACAGUCUCUUCAGUAGUGACCAGAACAAUUUGGCUCUCCUAUUGGAUUCCCAUCUCUUUUUCCUUGUGAUUUUAGGAGCCGUUUUUUCCCCCUGUAGCCACAUACUCUCUGCUUCUGUAACGUCGUAGUAAUUCAGUAUAAAUUUCAUCAUGGCUUCCUCUUCCUUCAUCAUCAUGCAACCAUAUGCAAGCUGACUUAACAAAAAAGAAGGCUGUUUGAAUCAUUUUAGCCAAUUCAACUCUUUAUUCUCUGUGUUUGUGAUGAGGUGUUUGAUUGAAAAGAUUAUAUAUAGAAAUGAGCAUCUGUGUUCUUUUUGGAUCCUCUUUAUUUCCUUCUUUCCAUCAUGUUCCUUGACAAUAGAACUAGGUUGUAUUUAAUAUAUCAAUGCUAUUCUAUUUUAUUUCCUUAAGGUGUUUUAUUUCCUUUUCAUCAAGUAGUGCUCAGAAAAUCUAUGAAACACGCACAUGUUCUUGCAAACUAAGACACACAGUGUGAAGGAGAUGAAGAAUGUCGCAGAACGUUGAGGAAAAGGUUGAUAGAUGAAAUACAAAAGGAAUUUCAGAGUCGUGGUUAAAUAUCAGAUGCGUGGUCAGUGUUGUGACUGAAGAGGUUUUAAAUAAUAUAAGGUAGGAUGUUUGCUGAAGUCGAGAAGCUUUCACUGAGUCCAGAGGGAGAAGAGGAAGAUCCAGUUCAGAUUGCUUCUGAAACGAAAGGAACAGUGUCUCAUAUGUGCCUCCUGUUUGUCUUACCUUAAAAAAUUUUAAAAAAAGAAUCCCAAUAGAUAAGAGUGAUGCAGUUUCACGCCUAAAACAGCUCAGAGAGAGAGAAUAUGGUGGAGGAUGAAGAGUUUUUCUGUUCUGAACAGUAUGGUUUUGGUGCUGCCCUGGUUGACUGUUGUUCUAUUUUUAGGUGUUUCUGUGCGGGUCAGGUUAGUGUGGUUUUGGGAGUUCGCUCAAGAUUCAGUUAAAUUUAGAAAUCAUCUACAGUACUGUGUGCUCAGUGCUCUUCUUGUUGCCGUACUGCCAUUGAGACAUGGUCUUACUUUAUUCUCUUCUCUUGUAGCAACCUGUUGCCUCCUGAUGCCUUUCUAAUGCAUGGCUAGAAAAUAGAAACUCAACCGCAAACUCAAAGCUCAUGGGUUUUACUCCAGCUGUUCUGUUCUGGUAUUGCUUGCAUAAUUUCAAAAAUAGAAAUUAAAAGGAAGUUCUUGUGAUGGUUUGGUGUUAAGAUUUAAUCAUGCUGCUCCAACAUUGUACAUACUCAUUACGCCACUUAACUAUUGUUGAAAAUCUUUUAGCCGAAUGAUAUUUUGGUAGGUUAUCAGUGGUCAUUUGAUUUGUAAAAUAUGUUUAUCAAUACUUUUAAUAUGUUGCUUUGAUAUAUCCAGGAUAUUAUAGGAAAUAUAUAUUAUUCUGUUUAGCUAAUACAUACAUAUCACAAUAUGUAGUUAUUACAUGGCGCUUGUUAGCAAACAAUGCUACAUUAGCAAUUAUUUCAACAUGUCAAGCAAACAAUUUUAAGCUUACCAUUUUACUUAUAACCAACUUUUCAAAAACUAUUCAUCUUCUUAGAAACUAUUAAUAUUUCCAUCUUUUACAGGCUUUACCAUGGUCACCUACUAGCUAACAGCUCCACCUGCCAGCUAGCGACACUUAGCUAAUCUAAUUUGAGCAUGAGUUGACAUUUUAUUGCUAGUACACCCUAAAAAAUGUCAUUGUCAAUAUAAUUUGGUUCUAAAUGUGGUUUACUAAUUUAUGAUUAGUAACCAAACUAGCACUGAGUUCAUGAAAUGGCAUCAAAAUGCAACAUUUUAAAACGUUGAACCAGUUACUGAAUAUUUUUUCUGUUCAAGUAAAAGUGCUUAAAUAUUAUAAUAAAACUAUAUUACUGAUUGUUUGGGGAUUAAAUUUAGAAUGUAAAUUGUCUAUGUAAUAGACUAAAAUGACAUUUUGUUGAAUAUCAAUAUCAUGCCUGGAGUUGGUAAAGGGCUCUGCAUGGUCGCACCGAACUGUUGAAAUCAAUUCUCAUUGUUGCUGCUGCCACAGGUCAAGAACCAGUCACUUUGUUCUCAGCUUUAUGUCAUCAUCCCCUUCAUGUCACAACCUCUUGGCAAACUUUUCACUCCUCUCUCUGUGGAAAACUAUCAUGUGAUUGGUCUUAACUUCGAGGGUGUGUUUACUCAGAAAACAAUGCUACUCAGCGGUUCGACCAUUAAGGGCCCUUAACCCUUUUGUUGUCUUACUCCUUUUCAUGAGCCCAAAGCUAGUCAGCAGUUUUUAGAUCAGAGCAAAUUUACCAAAUUUACUUAAGACUGUUUCAGUCUCAGAAAUGCCACUGUAGUUUAUGAAAACUCUGAGAAUGCCAGAGAAUGCUUGAACCUCUUGCAAAAGCAAAUUCUCACUUGAACAAAAUUUUACUUAUUAACUGUAUAUAAUCUCACUUAAAAAUAACAGAUCAAGUUCAUUUUACUACGUGGUGCAAAACUAAAGGCAGGUACUCAUUGGUACUUCAAUUCUAGUUUUAUUCUUCUUUUUCACAUAGAAGUGGGCUCUGAAUUUCUAAUAACAGGCCUACAAUUGUCACUGCAAUUAAAUAAACUCAAAUUUAUUGAAGACAAAUUUAGUUCUACCUGCAAAAUCUUUUAAAAGAGAAUAUGUUAUACAAAAUAUUUGACAAACCUGUCCUUAUCUGUUAUCUCUAAAUCUGUUAAAAAGGGCAUGUCUUUAAUCUCUAUGCUGACUUCACAUGCUUAUUUUGGAUUAGCUUUUCAGAUCCUGAAGUCAAAAUAACAUCAUACAGUUGUGAUGGAUCAAUAAAGCUUUGUGUCGAGAGGUAAUGUCAGAAUUCAAAGUCACAUUUCAGAAUCUUUAUGUAAAGGAAAUUUUUUUAUCAAGUUGAUAUUUUGCUGUUGCUUUGAUGAAACUAAACUGCACCUUAAUGCUUUUAAUCAUAUUAUCAAAGAGGAUUAACUGUGAUGUAGUGGUAAAUCCACUUUUUAUGAAUAGUAACUCGAACAUGAAUGAGCCUUCGCUUGGCAACAGUAACCUGUUUGUCAGUUUUACCUGAUUUCUUCAGAUCGUUCCCAUUACAGUUCCUGUAAGUCUAGUAAUAAAUUGUACACAUUCUGACACAUACAGGCAAUAGCUUGUAAUUUCAUACACAAAAAGUUGUUGAUGCUAAAGGCGUAGCUUUGAUCUCGCAGCUGUUUUCUGGCUGAGCUCUUCCACGUGCCUGUCCGUAACUAAAACCCAGCUUUGCUUCUAGCCACAAGUUUCUGUUCGCCUCUUCUGAGAUUGUUCAUAGAUGCACUGUUAUUCGCCCUGAAAACUACGAACAAACAACGUACAGCUGCAGUUAUCAGUCUGUGGGGGGGAACGUUGCUUUUAUUUCCACAUAGCUUUGCAAGUUUUUAUGGGAGGAAGCGUUUUUAUCAUGACUGUUAUGGCUGUUAUUCUGAAUACUUGUGACAACAUGGUAAGCUUUGGCCUGUUUUUUUGUUUUGUUUUGUUUUAUUUUUCGAAAGGGGGCCACUGAAGUGAAAGAAUGUCUGUCGAGAUAAAUUGUGCUAAAGACGCAACACUUUUGUACAUGUAUUUAUCGUUGUGUUCCUGUAGCCUCGUGGCGGUUUCGCUCUCAUGAUUGAAGGGGCUCGAGGUGUGAUUUUCUUUUUUUUUUUUUUUUUUGCUUCAGUUUUCAAGUUAGCAUUGGAGAAGAUACCUGUCAACACAAAUCUGUAUUUGAUUUCAUUUGAAGUGCUGUAACGGCUUUAUACAUAAAUACUGAAGUGGUAUUAUAGAACCUAAUUAAUUACGAUUUUUCUAACAUAUUUUCUUGUACUUAUGUGUGCUGCCACAAGAAGCCCAGUCUUAAGAGAUGAAAAUAAUGGAGAGAAUAGCUCGAAAAGUAAGAGUGCAGCGACCCCUGCUGGUUUAAGGAUAAAGUUAAAUGGAACUGAAGCAAAAGCUGAUGUACAUGAGGCUGACAAGUUAAGGGAGAUAAUAUUGGCUAAGAAUGGCACUUACAGAGCAGCAGCCUGUCUGGGAGAGAGCCUAACACACAGUUAGAGCUAGACAACUCACUGUAGCACCUGAAACCCCUCUGAGGAGCAUCGCGGAGCUUCAAAUAAACAUUUAACACUAGCUAACUGCUAUACCUGCAGAGCAUGCUGAAAACCAACAAUGGCUUGUGUUAGGUAGACUUUCUCUCAUUUACAGAACUUCCUCGUUGUUUUGUUGUUGGGUUUUUUUGUUUUUGUUUUUUUGCGUGGGAUUAUGUUUUUCUCAAUAUUUUGAGUUUUAGUUUUGGUUUUGAAAAAAAAAGUGUUUAUUGUGAUUACUUGUUAAUUAGUGAUGUGAUUAUUAAACAUAAAAUAAAUUGGACUAAAUUUCA